UUCAUCCCCACAAGGAGAUGCGUCACUGCGCUUACGUCUCUGCGCCAGUCUCGCGUGAUGAGAGCUGCGGUGUUGGGGCUGUAGGAGAAAGAACUUGCAGGCACCCUAGCAACCGCCCUCCCUUCCGAAGUAGGCAGCUCUGUGACAGCAGGGAACCCGAUAAUCCAAGUUGUUGUGAUGGCAAAUGUUAGUCCAGAGCUUGAUAAUAUGGAAGUGCAAACACCCCCAAAUAAUAAUAAUCGAUGGGAACAAAAAGAACAUCCAUGGGAUGAGCCGGCAGCAACAGGGAAACUGUUUGAGUGUUCACGAAUUAAAGCUCUGGCAGAUGAGCGUGAUGCUGUCCAGAAAAAGACUUUUACUAAGUGGAUAAAUUCUCAUCUUUCCAAAGUGCCAUUGCGUGUUAAUGACUUGUACACUGACCUCCGAGAUGGGUACAUCAUCACCAAACUGCUUGAGGUGCUAUCUGGGGAGCAGCUGCCUAAACCCACUAGAGGUCGUAUGCGCAUACAUUAUCUAGAGAAUGUGGACAAGGCACUGCAGUUCCUAAAGGAGCAACGCGUGCACCUGGAGAAUGUUGGAUCUCAUGAUAUUGUUGAUGGAAAUCACCGCUUAACUCUAGGUCUUAUAUGGACUAUUAUCCUUCGCUUUCAGAUUCAGGUUAUAAGGAUUGAAACAGAGGACAGCCGCGAGACAAGAUCAGCAAAGGAUGCCCUUCUCCUUUGGUGCCAAAUGAAGACAUCUGGAUAUCCAGAAGUCAAUAUCCAGAACUUUACAACUAGCUGGAGAGAUGGGCUUGCUUUUAGUGCUCUGAUUCACAGACACAGACCAGAUGUUAUAGACUUUAACAAACUGACCAAAUCAAAUGCCACAUACAAUCUUCAGCAUGCAUUUAAUACAGCUGAACAGCAACUGGGCCUUACCAAACUUUUGGACCCUGAAGAUGUCAAUAUGGAGCAUCCAGAUGAAAAAUCAAUCAUCACCUAUGUGGUAUCUUUUUAUCACUACUUCUCCAAGAUGAAGGCCCUAGCUGUAGAAGGCAAGCGGAUUGGCAAGGUACUUGACAAGGCUAUUGAGACUGAGAAAGAUAUUGUGAAGUACGAGGUUUUGGCAUCUGAGCUCUUGGAAUGGAUUGAGAGGACCAUAGCCAUAAUCACCAACCAGAAAUUUGCUAACUCACUGCUGGGUGUUCAGCAGCAACUCCAGGUCUUCACUACCUACUGUACCACUGAGAAGCCCUGCAAGUUCCAGGAGAAAGGAAAUUUGGAGGUUUUACUAUUUAGCAUUCAGAGCAAGAUGAGGGAAGAGAAAUGUAAGCUUUAUGUCCCAAGUGAAGGCAAAAACAUUUCUGACAUCAACAAGGCUUGGGCAUGUCUGGAGAAGGCAGAACAUGAGCGGGAAGUGGCUUUGCGUAAUGAACUCAUCCGUCAGGAGAAGUUGGAGCUGCUUUCCCAACGCUUUGAUCAGAAGGCUGCCAUGAGGGAGGCAUGGCUAAGUGAGAACCAGCGCCUUGUUUCCCAGGAUAACUUUGGUUAUGAUCUCCCUGCUGUGGAGGCUGCAAUGAAGAAACAUGAGGCAAUUGAAGCUGACAUUUCCUCCUAUGAAGAAAGAAUACAGGUAGUGGCUGAUCUGGCUCAAGAGUUGGAGGCGGAGGGAUAUUAUGAUAUCUGCAGGAUUUCUGCCCAAAAGGACAACAUAUUACGUCAGUGGAACCUUCUUAAGGACAUGCUGAGCUCCCGAAGGGCGAGGCUGGAGCAGAACUUGUCCUUGCAGAAAAUAUUCCAGGAAAUGGUCUAUAUGAUCGACUGGAUGGAUGAAAUGCAGGUCCCUUUAUCUUCCAAAGACUUUGGAAAACAUUUGUUGGAAGUGGAAGACCUGCUGCAGAAACACUGUUUACUGGAGGCUGAUAUUGCUGCUCAAACUGAGAGGGUUAAUUCUCUGAACCAAGCUGCCCUAAAGUUCACUCAGAUGACUGACUACCAGCCCUGCGACCCUCAAGUAAUCUGCAACCGUGUGGAACAUGUUAGGAGUUGCUUAGAGGGUCUGCGCCAGCUAGCUGAGAAGCGUCGUGGGGAAUUGGAGGAGUCACGCCGCCUCUGGUGUUUUCUGCAGGAAGUGGAGGAGGCUGAAGGCUGGAUUCGUGAAAAAGAACAAAUCUUGUCUGCACCACAGAGCUAUGGAAAGGAUCUAAGUAGUGUUCUUCGUCUCCUCAGUAAACAUAAGAUCUUGGUAGGGGAACUAAGAGGCAGGCAUGCCAUGUUACAACAGACCCUCCAGAAGGGAGAGCAGGUGCUUGCCAAGAGACGAAAAGGCAUGUCUGGGCUUCGUCAGCGAAUGGAGCAGGUGAGACUUAAGUGGGAAAACCUACAGAAGGCCUGUGAUAAUCAUCAGCAAAAGCUUCAGGAAGCCUCCAGCUUCUACCAGUUCAGUGCUGACACAAUGGAGCUAGCAGGUUGGCUGCAGGAUACUUACCGCUUAGUCUCCAGUGAUGACUUUGGUCAUGAUGAGUAUUCAACCCAAUCCUUGGUAAAGAAACACAGAGCAGAAACUGUGGAAAUAGAGAAACACAAAGUUGCUGUGUUGGGUCUGAGACAACAACUGUCAGAACUGGGUGCAGAGUACAGGGAUCAAGUUGAUGUGCAGAUUACUAUUGUGGAGGUGGAGCAGCUCUAUGGAGAAGUGGUGGAAGUGUCUGCCCUCAGGAGCCAAUGGCUUCAAGAUGCCUUGGAUGUUUAUAAAAUGUUUGGUGAGGUAAACUCCUGUGAGGUCUGGAUUGAUGAGAAGGAACAGUGGUUGAUGAAGAUGGAAAUUCCUCAGCGACUUGAGGAGGUGGAAGUUGUUCAGCACAGGUUUGAGAGCCUGGACCAGGAAAUGAACAGCCUAAUGGGGCGUGUGUUGGAUGUUAAUCAGAUUGUACAGCAGCUUCUUGAGGGUGGUCACCCCAGUUCUUCUGAGGUUCGUGCUUGCCAGGACCACCUAAACAGCAGGUGGAAUAGAAUUGUGGAGUUGGUGGAACAAAGGAAAGAACAAUUGAGCUCUGUUCUCCGUCUGCAGAAUUAUUUCCUGGAGUGUAAUGAAGUGAAAUCCCAGAUUCGGGAAAAAAGAAGAACUAUGGAGACUCCACAGUGUGGAAGUGGUGAGCUAGGCGGCGUAUUGUCCCUUCAGAGGAAACUUUCGAGUAUGGAGGCCGCUUUGUUGGCUCUGGAACCUAAACUUGUUCAGCUUCAGCAAGAUGCCGAAAUUCUUGCCACCAGUCAUCCUUCUCAAGCAAUGGAGGUACUUGUGCAUUUUGAGGAAAUCAGUGGAGAAUGGGAUGCCUUAAAGAGGACCCUCCAAGGAUGUGAGGACUCCCUUACAGUUGCCAACAAGCUCCAACAGUUCAUUCAGGACUUAGACAACUUCCUGACCUGGUUAGUUAAAACACAGACUGCUGUGGCUGCUGAAGAACUUCCAUCAAAUUUAGCAGAAGCUGAGAGACUACUAGGACUUCAUGGCUCCCUUAAAGAAGAGAUCAGUCGGUAUGAGGAAGAAUACAACAAAAUUCAGGCAGUCAAUGAUCUUUUAAGCCUGGAAGAGGCAGACCUUCCAUAUCUAUCACUGCAGCAAUGGCUACAGAAGCUGGAGGUGGGAUGGAACAAGCUGCUGCAGAUGUGGGAGAACCGAAGGGAGGUUCUUGUGCAGGCACACAUUUUCCAUCUUUUUCUAAGAGAUUUUAAACAAGCUGAAGCCUGUCUAAACACCCAGGAAUCCACAUUGGCUCAUGUUGAGUUGCCAAACACAGUUGAAGGAGUGGAAGCAGCUAUAAAGAAACACAAAGAUUUUGUAACUACUAUGGAGCUGAAUGUGCAGAAAGUUUCAGUAGCCGUGGAGGCUGGAGAGAGCCUCAUAAGACUCGGGAACGUAUUUGCCGAUCAUGUUCAGGAACGGAUCAGUGCUAUCCAAAAGAGGAGCCAGCGUAAUACGGCACUCGCUCAAAAAUGGCUCCAGAGACUGAGAGACCAUCUACAGCUGCAGCACUUUCUCCAAAACUGCAAUGAGCUGGAUGCCUGGGUUCAUGAGAAAACGCUGAUGGCUCGAGAUAGCUCACGGGACCUGUCUCAGAAACCCCAUAAGAAAUGGCUAAAGCACCAGGCAUUCAUGGCUGAGCUCUCGCAGAAUAAAGGUUGGCUUGAGAAGAUAGAAAAGGAAGGUCAACAGCUAAUCCAGGAAAAACCAGAAUUGGCUGGAGUGGUGAAAAAGAAGCUUGAGGAGAUUCGACAAUGUUGGGUUGAACUGGAGUCAAGUACCCAGGCCAAGGCCCAGCAACUCUUUCAAGCCACAAAGGCAGACCAGGUGGUGCAGAACUACUCGGAACUCGGCAAAAGGUUAUACCAUUUAAAGGAACAGUUACAGCCCGUGGAUCCAGUACCUGAUGUUUCCAGUGUAAACACUCAACUCAAAAGGCUUGAGACAAUGGAGUCUCAGAUGGAAGAGUGGUACAAAGAAGUUGGAGAACUGCAAGCACAGAUUGCCUCUCUUCCUCUGGAAGUGGCAAGUCAAAAGGCACUGGAAGAGAAGCAAAAUGAGGUGGGAACAACAAUUGUGCGCCUGAUUGAGCCACUGAAGGAGAGGAGAAGGAUUCUUUUGGCUUCUAAAGAGGUGCAUCAGGUUACCCGAGACCUGGAGGAUGAAAUUUUCUGGGUGCAAGAGCGACUGCCUCUUGCUACUUCCAAGGAACAUGGGAGCAAUCUUCAAAUUGUGCAGCAACUCAUCAAGAAAAACCAGAACCUGCGACGGGAGAUUCAGGUGCAUUCCCCUCGGGUAGAUGAUAUUCUAGAAAGGGCAGGGGCUAUUGCCAGCAUCCGAACUCCAGAGGCAGAGGGAGUGCGGCUUGGGUAUGAGAGCCUCGGGGAGAUGUGGAAUAUGCUACGAGAUGAGACUGAAAGAAGACAGCAGCUACUCGACAUUACCUACCAGGUGCAGCAGUAUUAUUUUGAUGUAGGAGAAGUGGAGACCUGGCUGAGUGAGCAGGAACUUCUUAUGAUGAAUGAUGAGAAGGGGAAGGAUGAACAGAGCACUCUGCAACUCCUGAAGAAACACCUUAUGCUGGAACAGACUAUUGAGAAUUAUGAGGAGACAAUAGCUCAGCUCUCUAGGCAGUGCCGCACCCUUCUGGACCUAGGACACCCAGACAGCGAGCAGAUAAGUAAGCGUCAGUCUCAGAUUGAUCGGCUCUACGUGUCUCUGAAGGACUUGGUAGAUGAGCGGAAGGGACGCCUGGAGCAGCAGUAUUGGCUCUUCCAGUUAAGUCGUGAGGUGGAUGAGCUAGAGCAGUGGAUAGCAGAAAAAGAAGUUGUGGCUGGAUCUCCAGAGCUUGGACAAGACUAUGAGCAUGUGACACUUCUUCAGGAGAAAUUCACAGAGUUUGCCACUGAAACAGGCAGUGUAGGACAAGAACGCAUCUCUGCGGUGAAUCAAAUGGUGGAUGAGCUAAUUGACUUUGGGCAUUCAGAUGCAGCCAUUAUUGCAGAGUGGAAAGAUGGUGUCAAUGAGGCUUGGGCUGAUUUGCUGGAAUUGAUGGAGACCAGAUCACAGAUGUUGGCUGCUUCUCAUGAGCUGUAUAAGUUUUUCAAUGACUGCAAAGAAGUAUUAAGUCAAGUUGAGGAGAAAAAGCAGAGGUUGCCAGAAGUGAAGGCUCAAGAAGCCAAGCUAUCGGCAGGGUCCUUGCAAAGGAUACUCAGCUCUUUUGAACAUGAUAUUCAAGUUCUUGUAACUCAGGUACGUCAGCUGCAGGAGAAUGCAGCCCAACUGCGCACUGUUUAUGCUGGUGAAAAUGCCGCUGCAAUUGUGACUAGUGAGCAGGAAGUCAUGCGAGCAUGGAAAGAGCUGCUGACAUCUUGUGAGGACUGCAGACUGCAAAUAACUAGUACCACUGAUCGAAUUAAGUUCCUCAAUCUUGUGAGAGACCUGAUUUCCUGGAUGGAAAGCAUUACGUGCCAGAUUGGCGCAGAAGAAAAGCCCAGAGAUGUGUCAUCUGUGGAAGUCUUAAUGAGUUACCAUCAAGGGCUAAAGAGUGAGAUUGAGUCACGGAACAAGAGGAUUGCAGAUUGUGUGGAGCUAGGCAAGACCCUGGUCCUGAACAAAAGACCAUCUUCAGAUGAGAUAAAGCAGAGUUUGGACAGGUUAAUGGCAAAGAAAAAGGAAAUGUUGGAAAAAUGGAACAAACACUGGGAGUGGCUUCAACAAAUGUUGGAGGUUCACCAGUUUGCCCAAGAAGCUGGAGUGGCAGAUGCCUGGCUGACGGCUCAAGAACCUAUUGUUAAAAGCCCUGAGCUUGGCAACAGUGUAGAUGAGGUGGAGCAGCUCAUCCGAAGACAUGAGGCCUUCCGCAAAACAGCCGCAGUUUGGGAGGAGAGGUUUAGUUCAUUGAGACGCCUUACUACGCUAGAGAAACUAAAAGCAGAGCAAAGUAAGCAGCCUGCAACACCUCUUCUCGGCCGCAAGGUUUUUCCAGACACAACUGAUUAUUCUGCUCGCCCUUCCCCUCUUUCACGUCAAACCGUCUAUGAGAAUUCUGAGACAAAAUUGGAUCAAAAAGAAGCUCUUUCCAUCCCUGAUGGUGGCCAACAGGAAAUUCGAAGGGCAAGAGCUGAAAAGGGAGAGACAAGGGUAGGAUAUGUUCGACAGGAUAUAAAGCCAGAACGUCUACAGCCAAAGAUGGACCAUGUGGAGACCAAAGUAGCAGAUAAACCACUUGCAGCACAGGAGGUUGAAAGGGCAGAGAAGACUGAAAUCAAAUUUGCACAAGGAAUGGCUAACUUGACUGUGGAAAAACCAGAAAUUAAGGGAAGUCGUCACACUGAGAGGAAGAGGGACAGGCAUGAAAGGCGGUUGGAACGGCAAGAGUCUAGUGAGCAGGAAACCCCAAAACAAGAGCCUCCGGAGAGACGGCGAGAUCGUCAUGAGAAGCGAUUAGAGCGGCAGGGAUCCAGUGAGCAGGAAACCCCAAAACAAGAGCAAUCUGAGAGGAGAAGAGACAGGCAUGAGAGGAGAACAGAAAGACAGGAUACAAUUGAACAGGACAAGCCAAGGACUGAACCUGAGAAGCAAGCAGGAAAAGCUACUUUGGCAGAUAUUGUGGAGCAGCUACAAGAGAAAGAAGCUUUCCAGAACAGCUCCGGUGGCCAAGAUUCUCCUGCCCGUGUACCAAAUGGGGUAGACAAACUUCCUGAAAGAACAACAAGACCAGAUCGUCCACGAGCCAGAGAUCGUCCAAAGCCAAGGAGAAGACCUCGACCCAAAGAUCCUAACCAACCUCCUGGCGAGGCACGAAGGUCACGCUCAGCCCCAGCACAGAGCAGUGCUCCACCUCCACCACCUCCCACCCACACCAUUCAACAAGAAGGAUACCUGUUCAGGAAACAUGAGCUUGAUGGGCCCAGUAAAAAGGCUUCAAAUAGGUCAUGGAUAAAUCUAUACUGUGUAUUAAACAAAGGAGAUCUUGGGGUAUACAAGGAUGCAAAGAGUCAGAGCUCAGGGGCCACACAUGGUGGUGAGCCCCUAUUAAACCUACUUGGAGCCUCCUGUGAGGUAGCUAGUGAAUACAAGAAGAAGAAAUUUGUGUUCAAACUCAGGUCAACAGAUGGUAGAGAAUUCCUCUUUCAAGCAAAAGAUGAGGAGGAGAUGAAAAACUGGAUUACUGCGAUAACCACAUGUGUCUCACAACAUGCAGAGAUUGCACGGUGGAGCCAGAGUCUUCUCACUACCUCCUCCACCGAUGAAGGUAACAUAAAGCGUGAGACUGAGCGCAGACCCAGUGGGGGUGGUCGGAAAAAGUGAAAACAAUGAGGAAGCAAGGAACAUUCCAGUCAAACUCCUUCUGCCUUUGGUGAGAGCUGGAGAAGAAUACAAGCAGAAUUAACCUUUUCCACAUGUGGACAGCUAGAUUUCUGCCAUGAUUUGGGACUAAACCUUUAUGUCUAUGCAUUGCCCGGAUUAUUUUGUCCUGCAACCUCAAGUCUAAGGGUUUACAAAUGGUUGCCCUUUCAUCGGUAAACUUCCAUUCAUGUUCAGUCUUGGCUAUACAGGGGCAGAUAUAUUUAAUACUCUCUAUAUGGAUCCAAUGAACAUGCAUAUCAUAUCUACAGCCAAAUUUUUAUAAACAUAUAAAAAGCAAUUAACCAUGCACUGGAAACCAAGCCUAGGUGGGAACACCAGUUUAAAAACCAUUACUGUGAGCUGAAUCUUCCAGAUGUUGAUGAAACUUCUGUUAGGGAGGAUUGUUAGUAGGGAAAAAUAAAAGCACACACUCGUUUAAAAGGCAGGGGCAGGGAAAUGAAUAAUAAUGCCUGUUUGUAGAUAGGGUUUUGCUGAGGAGAGAGAUUAUUGUUAAGAAAUGUUGAAUAGAAAUUGUUAGCUUUUUAAGUGCAAUAUUUCGGUGUCUGGCACACUAACAAAACCACCAGUGAGAGUUCACUGGUGACUAAAAGGUUUGCAGUAUGCAUGUAUCUGAAUAAUCUCCUUUGAGUGCAAAGUCAUUCAUUUAAACUGCAGAUUGGCUGGUCCUUAAGACCAAAUUUGUUUUUGCAUUUCUUGCUGUGCCCUAUAACCUGCUCCAUAGCUGCAAAUCCAUAAUGAAGACAUCACCCUAAAGAAACCAGGGCUGCUGCUAUUGUAGAAAUACAAGUGUAGGUCCACUUAGAAGAGCAAACACAGAAGGCAGCCAUUCCCUAACCCAUGAUUGGUAAAAACAAUACAAUAUUUAAGUUGAAUGCACAAACCAAAUCUACAUUGUGUUUAGUGCAUUACUAGGUUGUUGAUAAUUAGGUAACCCAUCUUUAUGUUGUUUCCAGAAUCUUACCAAAUGCAGAAAAGCUACAGCCCGAAGUUUGAGAAUCCUAAAGAAAACGCAAGUAAAAAAAAUCCUGUGCGAUUUAUUACUAAUGUGGGUGAAAAUGUGCACUAGGGUAGUAAACCAUAGCAGUUAAUGAGACACAUGCAUUUGUUAUGCAGACUGCAACAAAAGUGAUGGGUUACUGCACUAGGGCACAUUUCUCUGUGUUAGUAAAUAAAGGGCUAGAAGAGUCUGAUGUCAGGUGACUGUUACUUAGCAGCGCUAAGCUCUCGUGUUUGACAGUAGCUAAUAGUUUAGCAGAAUGCUAUAGUGUCAGUAGGAGCAUAGUUUUCAUUGUGUUUGCAGAGUUAAAAGGAUAUAUUAAUCUUAUUUCUCAAUGAGUGAAGUAUAAUUCACAGCUGUUAUGUAUAUGCAACUAUAUAUACACACACAUCUAUGCACAACCCCUGUGAUAUCAUGUGUCUGUGCCAGCAUUUGUCCAAUCUGUGAUUUGAACUUUAGAAGGAACAAACACAUGAAAUGAAACUACUUUUAGUUGAGAGGUGAAUGAUAAGUAGAUUGCAAAAUACAAAUUUUCUCUUAAUCUAAAUCUCAGAGCCAGUCGUGAUGGUGUGUUUUGGCAGUACGGUUACAUAUUCACUCAAUAAAUAUUACAAGUAAACCCCUUAACGACUUUCACAAACAUUUUCUUUCCCCAAUAGUUAAAUCUCACAGUUCUUUAUGUUUGGACAGUGCAAAACAGAUGUUGACCAGACUUAUUUAGGGUACUGGCACAUGGAACAUUUUGUCAUCCACGGUAAAUCAGUGCUACCACAGGGAACAAUAUAAGCAUCUGCAUAAAUGUAUAUAGCCAAUGGGAAAACAUUGCCUGUGCUUUCUAAAGUUGUCUUGCAAGGCAACUUCAGGCUACUGCACAACUUAUAUUUUUCCACUGGCAAUUUACUUUUAGGCCAGUGAAAAGACGACUAGGGACACUUUGAUGUCUGCUGUUGCACAGAUUUACCACGAGUGAUAAAAUGCCCAUGUGGCAUGGCCCUUAGCAGCAAAGCUACCGAGUAGCAGAAAAGCAGUACAUAAAGGCUCUGUCACAUACAGUGGUGCUGGAAAGUUUGUGAAAACCUAAAACAUCAUCUGAUUUUUAAACAAGUCCUAAAAGUAGAAUAACAACCUAGUUAAACAAGUACCAAAUAUGAUAGUUUUUGUUUCAAUGUAUUUAUUGAAAAAAUAAUUGAAAUAAAAUAUCUGUGUGAGACAAAAGUAAGUGAAUAGUGCAGUCAGUACUUGGUGUGACCCCCUUGUGCAGCAAUAACUGCAACUAAACAUUUGUGGUAACUGUUGAUCAGUCCUGUACAUUGACUUUGACAAUUUUAGCUCUUUAGACCCCUUGCAGUUAAGAGUUAUCUUCUGGGUAGGGUAUUAACUUGAAUUUCCUCCAUUUGUACACAGUCUGUCUGACUGCUGAUUGGUGGAGUCCAAACCAUUUCCAGCAUUAUGGGCAUCAACAACUAUUUCUGAGGUCCCCAGACACCUCCUUUGUUCAAGCCAUGAUACACAUCCACAAAUGUGUUGUGCCAGAGAUCAGGCUUUGCUGGAUCCUUUAAAAUGUAACAGGGUCUCUCACUUAAACCUAAUUUUCAUCCCAUUGACUGAAAACACCACUCUGAUUUCACCUUCAAAUAAUAUGAUAAUCCUAAAGAUUUACUUACCAUCUGCGUGUCACAUAAGUAUUGGAUCAUAUUUAUUUUAAAUAAAUACAUGACCUAAUAUUUGUUCCAUUUGGUUUACUAGGUUAAAGGAAGGGUUCACAAACUUUUGAGAACCACUGUACCUGCCUGCUCUUCCUGCAUCCUUUGCACAUUGUCCUUUGCUAUUAUUUUACAUAGUUCUGCAGCUAAAGCUUUGUAUAUAAUAUUGUUCUCCAAAGCCAUUUGAGCCCAGGGAGCCACCAUAAAAAUAAACAGCUAGCUUUAGUAAUUCAGUUUUCAUUUGGGUGCGUUUUUAAUAGCUUUUUAGAGAGCCUGGGUGCUGUUUAGUCCACUCAGUGUUACAUGGUCCAUGGAAGGAAUGCAUGCUGUUGGGUACAGAAAGUAAUGUUCAUGCAUGAGUAGGUGACAUCCUCUCACACUCGGUAAAAGUUCCCACCUCUGUACAUGGUUUUCUAAAUCAUUUAAUAAAAUGUAUUUUAUUGUACAGAAAAUGCAGAUAUUAGGGAGAAAACAGUAUGUACCCUGUGCAGACAUUAGGAGUUCAAAUUAAACAACACAUUACCAGAGGUCUAUAAGCAACGUCUUGGCUUUAUACCUUUCUGAAAAAUAAAUGAAGGAAAGUCAUUGUA